AAUAUGCCCGCUAUUUCUUAAUUCUCACCUCUGACCUCCGUCACUCUCUCGUCUUCUGUUCGUCUCUGCACACCGAGAAACCACCGAAACAGAACAGACAAAGAAAAGAAAAGAAAGGAAAGGAAGACCGAAUGAUUUGAUCGCAUCCAGUCACCGCCGGUAACUCCAUCAUGUCUCAGAACCAGCUUAUUGACUCCCUCACCUCCCAUAUCUCCCUCUACCACUCUACAUCCCUUUCCUUCAACCCCGAUCCCAAUCCCAAUCCCAAUCCUAGGUCCUCGAUCCUUAAAUGGUUCUCAUCUCUUUCCGUCCCCCAACGCCAAGCUCAUCUCACGAUCGUUGAUUUCAAAUUCGUCCAAAUCCUCAUCCAGAUGGUGGCAGAAGUUCGUAGCCGAGGACACGGUUUCUUCAUCGUCCUUCCGGACAUCCCCUCUUCCGACCCUCCGCACCUACCUAGCUUCUGCUUUAAGAAGUCCCGCGGACUCUUGUCUCGUGUCUCCGAGUCCAGCGAGUCCGAGAGGACAAUUUUUGAGUCCACUCGAUUAUUCGGUUCCAGGGAAGGCGAUAAACUCGAGGAAUGUGCUUGCUCGUUAAACAACAUGGAUUCUAUAACUGUAAGUGAGGAAUUCGUCGCUAAUGUGGAUAAAUUUGUCGAGACAAUGGAUGUAGUUUCAAAUGGGGGGUUUUUGAGAGGUGAAGGGGGUGACCUGGCAUCUGACUGGGCCGAAUUAAAUUGGUUAAAAGCGAAAGGGUAUUACAGUGUCGAGGCGUUUCUGGCAAAUAAGUUGGAGGUGACUUUGAGAUUGUCAUGGAUGAACUUGAAUCAUGGAAAAAAAAGAUCGGUGAAGUACAAAGAGAAGGCUAGCGCAAUCGGCAUGGCGACAAACGUGUUUUGGAGGAAGAAGGGAUGUGUGGACUGGUGGGAUAAAUUGGAUGAUUCGACAAGAGAGAAAAUUUUGACCGCAAUUAUGGGAAAAUCCGCAAAAAAUUUGAUACACGAUAUCUUGAAGUGGACAAGUGGACUUGCGGAGCAUGAGAUGGGGCUUUUUAGUGCGGAAUGGAAUAGACCAUUUAGGUACAAUUGUACUACAUCUCCACCAAGGUCCAUGCUAACAUCCCAAGCGGACCUGCAUAUUGACUUCAACAUAAUUCCAGCUUCGCUUUCUGGAAAACCUUAUUCCUUAACCAACUUAUUUAGAAAAUUGCUUGUGCUUCAAGAUAUUGUUAUGAUGGUAUCAUCGUGUCUUCAUGAUGAAUACUAUAGGAGUAAUCUAUUUUAUAGCACUUUGGGUUCUAUUUGUGCCAUCCCUGAUUGUAUAUUAAGAAAAUUGCGGGAGUUUCUUAUGUUUAUUUCACUUGAUUGCACAAAACUUGAACUUUUAGGAGAGGGGAAUAUUAAGUCCUUGCCUAGUAAAUCGAGAGAGAAUCUAGGUGCUUCCAGUCGAAGAAAAAAGGGAAAGAGCCGGAAAUCACAGAAUCAUGUAUUGAGACCAUGUGUAGAUGAUUCGUCUUGUGAUAAAUUUAUCAAGGAAGUUGACAAGGAGUGUGCUCAUAAAGGGAGGGAAGAUAUGAUGGAAUCCACAACAAUAUCUAUUAUGUCCAAGGGAAAUGAGAUUUGUAGAGAAAUGCCAGCAGACGUAUCUAAAACGGUUGAUUUGGUACAUAACCAUAUAAUGAGUGUUGGGAAAGAUCAAGGUACUACAAGGAAGAAGAAAAAACACAAGAGUAAAAACUCUGGUGGGAACAACAGGCUAGUUGAAAUAAGAAAUUCUGAAGGGCCAUCUGUUAGUUCUCAGGAUCAGGCAGGAGAGUUGGAGAAGAUAUUCAGAAGACCUUCCAUCUCGAAUAUCACAAAUGAUAGUUCAACAAUAAACUCAAGUCCUCUAAUUUCAUCUAACGAGCCUAACAGAGACUAUGACAGCCAGCAAAAUAUUGAAGUACAAGAAAUUUCUGGGUUAACAAAAUAUGUUGGUUCGGAAGAGUCUCAAUCCCCAGAAGGAAUAGUUGAAAAUCAAAGCUUAUCAUCUAGAUCGGAAGCUUCUACGACUUUUAUGGAUUGCGGUGCAGUACCUUCUCAUUUGCCUUCGUUGGAGCUAAAGAAUAUUGUCAAAAGCAAUGCCAAUGUGAAGGGCUCUGUUCGAACUUGUGAAUUAGGAGAUAAAUCAUCUUUGUUGGAUAAACUUCCGAGAACUUUUGAUGUAAAGGAGAAAUCAUGCUUAUCUCAAGAUCAAUUUCGUGGUGAUUCUUGUAAUAGUAGGACCUCAAAUUCUUUGGAACAUUCUCCCUAUGAAUGGCAUGGUGUAGCUUCUUUGUAUUUCCCAUCAUUCAAUUCGCAUCUCCCACCUGCUACUGAUAGACUACAUUUGGAUGUUGGGCACAAUUGGCACAACCAUUUCCGACGGUCUUUCACACCUACAAUGCAUCAAUCAAGAAAUUCUACCAUUAAAGGAGGUUGUAAUCCAAUUCUGACUCGACCACUGUUAAUGAGUCUAGAUUGGCCCCCAGUCUUAAGAAGUGCUUCUGGCUUGGCUUCAACAAUGACAUCAAACCACGAUACUGGGUUUCUGUCUAGGAGACAGUCUACCUUUCGACAGGUGCUUCCUACUAACAGCAAUCAAAUUAGUACCGAAGAUGAGAAGUACUCUGCUAAGCUCACCGAUUUUCCUGAUUUAUCAAAUAAUCAGGACCUAGCAGAUGAGUGUGAUGGAAACUGGAUAUCAGAAGAAGAACUGGAAAUGCAUGCAGUUUCUGGGAUAGACUAUAAUCAGUAUUUUGGUGGUGGUGUUAUGUACUGGAAUCCUUCUGAUCACCAUGGGACGGGGUUCUCUCGACCUCCUUCGCUUAGUUCUGAUGAUAGCUCAUGGGCUUGGCGGGAAGCUGACAUGAACAGAACAGUUGAUGAUAUGGUUGCUUUCUCUUCUUCUUAUAGUAAUGGGUUGACUUCUCCAACUGCUACUUCAUUCUGUUCUCCUUUUGAUCCACUGAGUUCCGGAAAGCAGGCUCUUGGUUAUGUGGUGCAAGGAACUGAUAUACCCAACAACAUGCUUCAUUCUUCACCAACUUUGAAAGACACAGCGACAGAGGAGGAAGCUCCUAGAUCUUUGGCAAAUUUGCCUAGUGAUGUUGAGGGAAAGACAGGUGACUCGCAUCCAUUUCCUAUGCUGCGGCCUAUUGUUAUUCCAAAUAUGUCAAGGGAAAGAUCAAGAUCUGAGUUCUGCCAUGGCUAUGAUCACAAAAGCCCAUGUAUCCCUCCUACUAGGAGAGAGCAAUCUCGAGUAAAGCGUCCACCAUCUCCAGUAGUUCUUUGUGUUCCACGGGCACCAAUACCACCUCCACCUUCUCCUGCAAGUGACUCCAGGAAACACAGGGGGUUUCCAACUGUUAGAUCUGGUAGCUCAAGUCCUAGGCAUUGGGGUGUAAAGGGUUGGUAUCCUGAUGGAACUAAUUUGGAAGAAGCAUGCUUACGUAUUGAUGGUGCUGAAGUUGUAUGGCCGAAUUGGAGAAAUAAAACCAAUUCUAAUUGUUCAACGGUUCAACCUUUAUCAUUAAUAGCAGUGUCCCAGAUAGCUCUCGAUCAGGAACAUCCAGAUGUUGCAUUUCCUCUCUUUCCACCUGCAAGGAGCUGUUCUGUAAAAAUGGAAUCUCUUUCUUUGAUGCAUAGCCGCUUACAUGAUGAGAUUGACUCUUUCUGCAAACAUGUUGCUGCAGAAAAUAUGGCUAAGAAGCCUUACAUUACUUGGGCUGUUAAACGGGUAACAAGGUCCCUUCAAGUCUUAUGGCCCAGGUCCAGGACAAACAUUUUUGGUUCAAAUGCGACUGGUUUGUCCCUUCCAACAAGUGAUGUGGAUCUUGUGGUUUGUCUUCCCCCAGUAAGGAACCUGGAACCUAUUAAAGAAGCUGGGAUCUUAGAGGGGCGUAAUGGUAUCAAAGAAACCUGCCUUCAGCAUGCAGCCAGAUAUCUUUCCAAUCAAGAGUGGGUAAAAAGUGAUUCUUUAAAGACAGUGGAAAAUACUGCUAUACCUAUUAUCAUGCUUGUUGUUGAAGUUCCCCAUGAUCUCAUUACUUCGUCCACUUCAAAUAUGCAAUCACCCAAGGAGGAGUCGUCUGCAAUAACUGGGGAACAAGAUGUAAACAUUCUAAAUGAUAUGACAGGUUUAGAAGAUUCUGCAUUGCCAAAAUGUUUGGAGGUGUAUGAUUCCUCAAUGAGCACUAAGUCAGUUCGCAUUGACAUAAGUUUCAAGACUCCAUCACAUACAGGACUCCAAACUUCUGAGCUGGUUAAGGAGCUGACUGAACAAUUUCCAGCGACUAUACCUUUGGCUUUGGUGCUGAAAAAGUUUCUGGCAGAUCGUAGCCUUGAUCAAUCCUAUUCUGGUGGCUUAAGUUCUUACUGUUUGGUAUUAUUGAUUAUACGCUUUCUUCAACAUGAACAUCAUCUUGGGCGUCCGAUCAACCAGAACUUUGGAAGCCUCUUAAUGGACUUCCUUUACUUCUUUGGGAAUGUGUUUGAUCCUCGUCAAAUGCGUAUUUCUAUACAAGGCAGUGGAGUCUAUAUAAAGAGGGAAAGGGGAUAUAGCAUUGAUCCCUUACAUAUUGACGAUCCUCUUUUCCCCACGAAUAAUGUGGGGCGAAAUUGUUUCCGUAUACAUCAAUGUAUCAAGGCCUUUUCAGAAGCUUAUUCUAUUUUGGAGAGUGAGCUCAUAUGCCUUAGUGAUAAUGGUGACACAUGUUCAGAUGCAACUAAUAGGGUGCUUCAGAAAAUAAUCCCUAGCAUUGAUAUAUCAUAAGGGCUUACUAUACGAUCUUUUUAUACAUGGAGGGAUAACAAAAGGAGGGCACUUUCCAGUCUUGUACUUGGCUAAUUUCCAAGCUUACAAUGGAUGUUGGGACUUGAUUGCAGAAGAUGUGCUUCAAGGAUGGGUUCUCAUUUGCCUUAUCCACACGUUAAGACUAUCUUAAGAAUGUGCUCUACCCAUAUACGGCCAUCAUAGUUUAAACUCUGAUAAUGUGCAUCGGAGGGGAUCGUUUUCUGUUAUUCAGUUAGGACCUAUGUAAUGAUGGGGUUGUCUAUUUGUCAACUUGGUGGAAGCGCUGCUGACAAUAGGGUUCAUCACAGGGUCAAAUCUGGUUACUUAGGUAGGACCCGUGAAGUGGUGGGGGUUUGUCCACUUGCUCGCGUUAAGUCUAUGUCCAUGGCAAUAGUGUUAGUGGUCAUCAACUGUGAAAUCCUUCCUUCGAUCGUGGCUGUCACCUCAGCGAGCAGAUAAUGGGAAGCCCCAAGGUACUGCUUGGGCGGACCGAUUGCAGCAAGCUCUAUGUAUCAUACGAGCUUUUCAAGUGCACCUGUAAUCAGCAAUCAGGUGGAGAAGCCCCAUAUUCACCAUCUUUCUCUAGGUUCACCUGCUCUCUGUACAUCUAAACUCAAAAAUCUUCUCUCUUGAAACCAAAUACUAAAUUACUGAGAUGUAACGCCUUCCUGUGCUCUCCUGGUUGCUGCAAGAAGGUAGUUGCACAAACGAAAUUUGGAGGAUGCAGAGAAGAAACUAUUUCCGUAGAUGGAUUACAGCCAGCUUUGUUUACCCACCUCCUUUCUGAGCGUAUGGGGACUCAGAUCAGGUUCCGAGUAAACCACAGCCUUUGGAAGAUAAAAAAAAGAAGUGGGCGGUUGGCCGCCCUCGACUGUCCAAAUUUGAAUCAACAGAGGGCAAAGAAGUGUCCAUGGUGGUUGAUGUUGGUCGGCCGCCACCGAGCAAGAAAAAUGACACAUCGCUCUUACAUCUCUUGAAAGAAACUCACGUAUUGUAUAUUUCCCCAGUGUCAUCAUACGUGGAAGGCGAUUAUACGAAGGCAUUUAGAUUUAUACAACUUCUUGAGUAGGGGAAUGGUGAAGAAAAUUAAUUGGAUAUUAAACGGAUUCCGCUUGUAUUUUUGAUGAGAGCUUUAGAUUAUAUAUUGCCUUCUAAUAAAAGUAGAGAAGUACUAUAAGGUAGCCCAGCAGUUAACAAUGCUGCUGCUAUUAUUCUA